CAGGUUUGUGGGGUGGUUGCAGCAGCUAAGCGAAGUAAGCGCUGUGCAGUUUUGCACUUCUCCCUCCCAGUUGACGAGAAACGGAACGCCAUCGGACUCUAGUUCCUUCCAUCACUUUCUUGGCCGUAGAGUCCAACAAUCUACAGUAAUUCGUCUUUUUUUGAGGAGAGCGGGAGUCAUAUUACAGUGAGAUACAGUGGGCCGUCUCGUAUGAGUUUAUACUGAAUGCUAGGCAACGGCUGUACUUGCUGUAUAGAGAUGGGCAACUAGCUAAAUGGAUCGUACGGCUAAUCAUCUUCAGCGAAGCAGCUGACCUGGUUGUAGAUGAGUGGCAGUCACUAUGCCGCCGGGGGUCCACAGCAUGCUGGAUAUCUGGGAGGACGAGAGCCAGCAGAUCCAGGUGGACUUCCUGCUGCCCACGGGGAUCUACCUGUCCCUCCCCGUGUCACGCAAUGACACCAUCGGCUCCAUCAAAAAGAUGUUAUGGCGGAGCGCGAAGAGCGAGCCUCUCUUCGGCAUGUUGAGCGACCCGGACGCCUACGUGUUCACCUGCAUCAACGAGACGGCGGAGCAGGAGGAGCUGGAGGACGAGCUGCGGCGCCUGUGCGACGUGCGGCCCUUCCUGUCCAUCCUGCGGCUGGUGGCCCGCGAGGGCGACCGCGUGGAGAAGCUCAUCAACUCUCAGAUCAGCCUGCUCAUCGGCAAAGGCCUGCACGAGUUUGACUCCCUGAAGAACCACGAAGUGAACGAGUUCCGCUCCAAGAUGCGGGGCUUCUGUGAGGAGCUGGCGCUGGACCGCCAGCGCCUGCCCUGGCAGCAGUGGGUGGAGUACAGCUUCCCCUGCGACCUGGAGCCCUGCGUCCUACUGCCCCAGGCCGGGAGCCUGAAGGCCCGCAGCACCAAGAAGAUCAUCGUCAACGUCAAGUUCGAAGGAAGCGACGAAAGCUUCAUGCUUCAGCUGGAGCCUCAGGAUCUCCCCAUGUCUCUGAAGCGGAGCGCACUGAAGAAGAAGGCCACUGUUUUUCGGCCCAUGAAGCAGGAGAAGCCCGAGGACUACACCCUGCAGGUCAACAGCAGGUGGGAGUUUAUCUACGGGAAGUACCCCCUGUGCCAGUUCAAAUACAUUUUCACCUGCAUACACAAUGGCCUGACCCCACACCUGACCAUGGUGCACUACUCCACUAUGGCUAAAUACCAGGACGAGCAGGGCGGCCUGAACAACCAACUCUCCAAAGUCCGGUCCUCGUCCAAACCCCCUCCACUGCCCCUCAAAAAGCAAACCACGUCCUCGCUCUGGUCAAUCCAGGAGCCGUUCUGCAUCCACCUGGUGCAAGGCAGCAGGGUGAACGCGGACGAAGGGAUGAAGUUGGUGGUCCAGGCUGGCCUCUUCCAUGGCGGCGAGCUGCUCUGCAAAAUGGUGACCAGCAACGAGGUUGCCGUGUGCUCGGAGCCGCGGUGGGACCAGAAGCUGGAGUUCGACAUCAGCGUGGGAGACCUGCCGCGCAUGACCAAGCUCUGCUUCGCGCUCUACGCCGUCAUCGAGAAGAGCAAGAAGCCACGCUCAACCAAGAAGAAGAACAAGAAGGCUGAUUGCCCUUUAUCAUGGGUGAACACUAUGGUGUUUGACUACAAGGACCAGCUGAAGACUGGCGAGUAUUCCCUGUCCACUUGGCCAUCGACUCCAGAUGAUAAAAGUGACCUGCUGAACCCUAUGGGUACUGUGGAGAUCAACCCCAACACCGACAGCACAGCCGGACUCCUCAUCAGCUUUCCAAACAUCAAACCCCAUCCCAUCUACUACCCUCCCCUUGACAAGAUACAUGAAACUGGAAUAAAUGGAAGGAAGAUUGUGGCCACUAUGGAAGAGCACACGAAGCUGAGCGAGAUCGUGGAGAACAAGAACUACACGGAGUUCUUCGAGGACGACAAGGAGGUGCUGUGGAAGCUUCGCUACGAGCUGCGGGACAAGUACCCCGAGAGCCUGUCCAAACUGCUCCUCAUCACCAAGUGGAACAAGCACGAGGACGUGGCGCAGUUGGUGUCGCUGUUGCGCACGUGGCCCGACCUUCCUGCCCUUCAUGCGCUGGAGCUGCUGGACUACAGCUUCCCGGACCGCAACGUCCGUUCCUUCACCAUCAGAUGUCUCAGAAAACUCCGUGAUAAUGAACUGUUGCAGUACUUGCUGCAGCUGGUUCAAGUUCUGAAAUAUGAGCCAUACUUGGACUGUGACUUGUCAAGGUUUCUUCUGGAAAGAGCCCUCUCCAACAAGAAGAUUGGGCAUUUCUUGUUUUGGCAUCUCAGGUCAGAAAUGCACGUGUCCUCUGUCAGCCUGCGCUUCGGCCUCAUACUUGAAGCCUACUGCCGGGGAAGCAAAAAUCACAUGAAGAUUUUAAUGAAGCAGAACGAGGCCCUGAACAAGAUGAAGUCCCUGAACGACUUUGUGAAGUCGGGCUCCCAGAAGAGCUCCAGCUCCCGGGCGCAGAUCACGGAGGACAUGAAGCAGUGCAUCAGGCAGGAGGCCUACCAGGAGGCGCUGUCCGAACUGCUGUCCCCCCUCAACCCCAGCCUCAUCCUGUCCCAGAUCUGUCCGGACAGGUGCAAGUACAUGGACUCCAAGAUGAAGCCGCUAUGGCUGGUCUACAGGAACGACAAGGUGCAGGGGGACCCCGUGGGCAUCAUCUUCAAGAACGGAGACGAUCUUCGACAGGACAUGUUGACGCUGCAGGUGAUUCAGCUAAUGGAGGUUCUGUGGAAGAAAGAGGGGCUGGACCUGAGGAUGAUCCCUUACGGCUGCCUUUCGACCGGGAACAAGACGGGCCUGAUCGAGGUGGUGAAGAACUCUGACACCAUCGCCAACAUCCAGCGCAACAAGAGCAACAGCGCCGCCACCGCCGCCUUCAACAAGGACGCCCUGCUCAACUGGCUCAAGUCCAAGAACCCAGGGGACAAACUGGACCAGGCCAUUGAAGAAUUCACUCUGUCCUGUGCUGGCUACUGUGUAGCUACUUACGUCCUGGGGAUUGGAGAUCGGCACAGUGACAACAUCAUGGUCAGGGAGAAUGGCCAGCUGUUCCACAUUGACUUCGGCCACUUUCUGGGGAACUUCAAGAGCAAGUUUGGGAUCAACAGAGAACGUGUGCCUUUCAUCCUGACGUACGACUUCGUCCAUGUCAUCCAGCAAGGGAGGACCAACAACAGCGAGAAGUUUGAAAGGUUCCGUGAGUGCUGCGAGCAGGCCUACAAGAUCCUGUGUCGAAACGGGACGCUGUUCGUCAACCUGUUUGCGCUGAUGAGGGCUGCAGGGCUUCCCGAGCUCAGCUCCUCCAAGGACAUACAGUACCUGAAGGACUCUCUAGCUCUGGGGAAGUCGGAGGAAGAGGCCCUGAAGAAUUUCAAAGUGAAGUUUAACGAGGCGCUGCGGGAGAGCUGGAAGACCAAGGUGAACUGGAUGGUUCACAGCGUUGCCAAAGACAACCGGUGAAAGAGGUUUUUCAGAAGGUGCGGACGGGGCGUGCUCAGCAAGCCCGCCAUGGUCUCAUUGCUUUGUAUUAGGAUACAAGGUUAUGCAGCUCGGGACGCUGGGGGCAAAAGAAUCUGCAGUGUUGCCCUCAGUUUUAUUCCUCACACGGUACCAUUAAUCACUUUAAUAAUGUCUAAUAAUGUUUACAUUGGCAAUAUGUGUUUGGUGGUUGACAGUGUUGUUUUGUUCAUGAGAGAGGCAAAACGAAUGAGAAAUGACCAAAGUUUAAAUUAAUUAUCAGUGGGGUACUGGCAAUACUGGGUAAUGUGGACUUUAAAAAGAAACACUUGUGGUGUUUGAUAUUGUUUACAUCCGUUACGGAUGACGUCAUUUUAAUUCUCUAUUUAUUUGUACCUUUGUUGUUGUUGUUUUUUUUUUUUUUAAUUUCUCUUUGUGUUUUUUUAUUUUUUAACAUUUGUUGCCAUUAAAAUUUCAUACUUAACAUUUUUGGGGGAAAAAAGUUGAAGAAAACCUUUAAAAGUGUUUAAAAGUGUGUUAAAAGAGUGCACUUAAUCAUAUUUGCAGGCAUAUCAGUAUGUUUUUGAAUAUGCUGUUAAUAAGAUUUUUACAUAGAAACUGUUGAGCCAGGCCUUAUGAAGCUAUAUUGUAUUUGUGCGAUAGAAGACCUAGAUUCAGCGUCCUCUGAUUUCUGCCUGAACUGUAUGCACAAACUGACCCUGUGGAUCCUCUUUGGAGGGAGGUCUGUUGUUGCACAGACUCUACUUGCAGAUGGGUUGAAGUACUUUAUUACCCCAGGUCAGUUGAAAUGAUCUUGGCUUUGUGUGGUGCCAGUUACAUACUGUAAAUGCUCCAAUAUUGCUUAUUGCUGUGUGCCUAUAACUGAUCCAUCAGUUGGAUAGUCAUGAUAUUUAUUGAUGUUGAUUUACUUAGUGUUUUCAAAAUGAUUCAUGUCAUUCACUGUCAUGCUCAUGGGAUUAUUUUUAGCCCAAGAAGCACUGUUGGGAGUCAUGGAUAAGCCAAAUCUUGUCGAGGAUGGUCAAAGAAUAUUUCACAGUUGCACUGUAUUGAUGUUUGUGUUAUUUUGUAAUAUUACUUUCAAAUGUUUUUUAUUUGUAUUCAUGUUUUAUACAGUAGGAUGUGUAUGUAUGUGUGUGUGUGUGAGACAGAGAGAGAGAGAGAGAGAUAGUGAUAGUGAGAGAGCAAGUGAGUGUGUGUGUGAGUUACAAAGUUCAGGAUGAGGAUCAAAGCCAAAAUGUUGUACUUUAAUGAUUUUUUUGUUGCCAAUAACUCCAAAAUGCAGAUACGAAAGCAGAAGAAAGGAGGUGGUUGGUACACAGUAGCACUAUUGCUGUUGCAUUAGACUGGCAUUGAGAUGAUCAUGUCACAGUUUCAUGGCUAAACACCACACACAUUACCUGCUUCAGCAGGACUGCAGCCAGUUUCAUCAGUACAGUAUGUAAUUCCAGAAAGGCUCUGGCCUUUGUUCUCUCGAAGCACCGUAUCUGUUGCCAGUUUGCCACAACGGUGUACUUAUGCAGUGGGGCAUGACGCUUAAUUGUUGACAUUCUUGUGAAUUUCUGUGUGCCUUUGUAGGAAUCUUUGACAAAAUAAAGGAGUCUUCUCUCGACCGCUCCUGACCCGAGGCCAGCUUUGAAUUAUGAGCAAUGUUUACGAAGCCUGUACUGUAUGCAGUGGCCUCCAAGCUGGGUGUGCACUCUACUCAGCCACCAUUUUGUACAUUGCACUGCACCAUUAUUGAUUCGUGAUUGUUCCAUGAAAUUCCAUGAAAAGUGUAAAAAUGUGUGUACAACGAUCAAAUAAAAAAAGUCUGGUUAUUAA